AUGGAUAAAAAUUGGAUCGAUCUACCCACUGGUCAUCGUGAAUAUAUCGACGGUUGUAUGGAAUUUAUUGAGUUUUCCAAGCAAGAUCUAGUCGAAGGAAAAAUUAGAUAUCCAUGUAAGAACUGUAAGGUAGAGAAAUGGUUCUCCGUAAAUGAAGUGGAGAGGCAUAUUUUGUUUAAGGGAUUUUAUAAGCCAUAUAAGGAUUGGAUUUUUCAUGGAAAAGGGGAUACGUUUCAGCGUAUAUUUGAGAGUGAUGGAGGGAUUACUAGUGAAGGAUCCCUUGAUUACCAAAGUGGGUUUGUAGGUCGAGAUAAUAUGGGAGGGCUAUUAAGAUCAGCAUUUAGUAUUAAUAUGCCUCCCAAUAUCCCAAAUUUAGAAGCACAAGAGGAUGAUGAAUUGAUUGAGGAGCCCGUGGCCUAUGACACAGAUGUAGAAUAUGAUUAUUCUACAAUAGAAGAAGAUGUGACGUAUAAGAAGUUUCUUGAAGCUUCCGAGGAAAAAUUAUACGAGGGGUGUAUCAAUUUUUCAAAGUUAUCUUUUCUGUUACACUUGUUUCACUUGAAGUGUAUGAAUCACUGGUCCAUAGAAUCUUUCAAUAUGCUGUUGAAGUUAAUUCUAGAUGCAUUUCCUCAAAUACUUGAUUUUCCCUCUUCUUAUUAUUACAGUAAGAAAAUGAUAAAAGACUUGGGCCUUGGGUAUGAAAAGUUUGAUGCUUUUUCGAAUAAUUGCAUGUGGUAUUGGGGUGAAUUUUUAGAAAAAGACAAGUGUCAUGUUUGUGGUACAUCGAGGUGGACGAAAACUAAGGAUAGGGGUGGCGUUGUAAGUGAUCAAGGUACGGAUACUUGUAAGAAAGGUGUGCCAGCUAAGGUAAUGCGAUAUUUUCCUCUUAUACCUAGACUAAAAGAAUCUACAUGUCAUCAGAAACAGCAGAAGAUAUGA